CAUAUGUUGUGUCAUAAAUGGUUUACCCCUAUGUAAUAAUGCUUUCUUCGUGGUGUCUUUAACCCCAGACUCCCAGAGAGAGGAACGAAAGAGAAGAAGGAAAACACAAAAACCCUAAUAACAUCUGAUCAAUGGCAGAGGAUCUCAAUUCCCACCCCUUCAAGAAAGGAGCAGAGGUCGAAAUCAGCAGCAACGACAACGGCUUCCGAGGAGCCUGGUAUUCCGGCACCGUAAUAAAAUCCAAGAACAAAAGCAACAACAAUCAUUCGAUACUAGUGGAAUACAAGACGUUAAUGGCGGACGAAUCUGGAACCAAACCCCUCCGUGAAACCCUCGACGUUGUUCAGUUAAGGCCCCUUCCCCCUCGCGAGAAACGCGAUAGGAAUUAUAAGUUUAGCGAUGAGGUCGACGCCUACUACAACGACGGCUGGUGGGAGGGAGUCAUCACCGCCGUCCUCCCCGGGAAUCGGUACUCGGUUUUCUUUAGAGCCACCAGGGAACAGUUGGAAUUCAACCGGUCGGAACUCAGACUUCAUAGGGAAUGGGUCGAUGGUAAAUGGGUUCCACCAGUAGAAGAACAAGUACAAGAGGUGUCAUUGUCUAUAGAGUUGAAGAUUAACAACAAGGAUAGAUUCAAGAAAGGGGCAUUGGUGGAAGUAUGCAGCGAUGAAGAUGGUUUCCAAGGUGCUUGGUUUGCUGCUACAGUAAUCGAACAACAACCACGUACGUCCUCAUCCUGGUCAAGAGACUGUUGA